AUGCACGACGAAGAUGUAGCUGCGCGAGAAAAACAGGCAGAAGUGAUUGAAGAUGCAGCAGGGGAUGGAGUACAGGUAGGUGAGCAGUCGAUUCAACCUGGAGAUGUUAUGAAGUUGAUGCAAAGACUGAUGAAACUGAUGAGGAGAAUUGACAAGAAGGUUGACCAAUUGGAUGGGAGAUUGGCCCCGCUUAAAGAGUUUGUGAAGGUAGCACAAGGAAAAGUAACAGAAAAAGAAGCACCAGCACAAAAGAAAGCAAAGGAACAGAGACGCAGUAAGAAGUGA